UAGUACAUUCUGUCAAGUACCCGAGGCUGUUAUUUAGACUUUCAAAAUUUACUUUUUCAUUUCUCUCGCACUCAGCUAACAAAUUCAAUAUAAAUAAAUCACAUUAGUAACAAACAAUUUAUUCACACACAUAAUAUGCUUAGUUUGCUUUGUUUCAGCCGGAGCCGGAGCGUACUCAGAUCGGCUGGAGAAAAGCCCAUACUCGGCCCGUGCGCCGUGAGGCCGUGACUCCCGGAAUUCGCCCUCCGCCGCCGCCGAUCUCCGCCCGGCCAUCAGCGGCGCCGGGCGUCCGCUGCUUCCGCGUCCUCCUCCCUCCCUUCGCUGCCGCCGUUGCAGUUUUCACUUGCCAUCAAGCCAUGGAAGACCAUAAUGAUGAAGAUGGGCAAAAUGAAGCAGUGCAAUCUCGAGUGUGUCUUCCUGGAGAUGUUCAGCAGAUUAUUCUUGCUUUCCUACCCGGUAGGACUCUUCUGAAGUUCUCCAGUGUGUGCAAGUUCUGGCGAGACUCCAUUAAAGAACCUGCAUUUGUGGAUCUUCACCUCGACAAUGCUUUGCGCUUUCACCAGUCCAUUGCCUGCUUCACCUCAGUUGAUAAUGGUCUUAUUCAGAUGUACAUGUUUGAUCCCACCACAGUGAACUUUAAAAGAACAGAGCCUGUGUUCUCAUCUAGGUUUCACAUGUCAGAACCCUGCAACGGCAUGAUGUGUGCCUAUGAUUUAAAAGGUGGUGCUGAAGUCUUGAAUCCAACGACAAGGAAGCAUUUGACACUGCCAGAAUCAGAAAGCGUACCUCAGGCUCCUUAUUCAGAAUAUUUUCUUGGAUAUGUGCACUCCACAAAAAAGUAUAAGGUGGUUGCUCUCCGCCAUUGGGUAAGGCACUUGACAUUUGAAGUCUGCACUAUUGAUUCACUAUCAUGGAGGACAGUAUAUAAAUCUGAGGAACUUCUGAAAACAACAAAGGCAGUUGUUGUUAAUGGUGAAAUGCAUUGGCUAGUUCUUGAUGAUGAAUCCUCUCAUUUUACUCAGAGAGUUCUCUCAUUCAACUUGGCAGAUGAGGAGUUUUCAUAUCUUGAUGUCCCAAAUAGCGUAAGAGAACGUGAUUUGGAAUUAUUCAAGGGGGAAGGGAGACUUUAUUUGUUGUCGAUGCCUUGUAAUGGGGCUCAGUAUACAGAAUCAGAGAUUUGGCUAGCAGACCCGGCCCAGCUAUUGUGGUUUCACAUGUACAAUGUCACUCCUCGCCCUGCUUUUGGCACAAAGCCAUUUUUCCUGUACAAGAGCAAGCUAUUUUUUGGCGACCAAAGGAGAUUCAUGUACAUUGAUCUUUUGGAUGGGAGGGUUUGCUACAUUGAUGUACCUUCUGGUGAAAAUAUCAUAUCAUCCGGUAUGUUUGUGGAGAGUUUUGUGCCUACUGAGACAGACUUGGUGAAUUCAAUGACAUUGUUAAACGGAUCUCAUCAUGCUGGGUCAUCAUCAAGAGGCUCUGGACCAUCUUGUGCUGCUGGAUCUUCCUCAACAGGACCUCGGCGUUCAUCUGGUGUUAGCAAGUGGUCCUCAGCAGUUGUGCAAUCUCCCAGGCGAGCAAAAAGAACAACAGACAUGGUGUGGAAGAUGUAUACAGAAAGCACAAGCCACCUGAUACAACAUGGCCUAUGAAUAAUCUCUUUGG